UAAGCAGGCAAACAGCUCGAAUACUGACGAGCUGUCGCGUAAACGUCGGAGCCGUUUCGAGUUCCGACCCUCGUGCUCUGCUCCUAACGAGGAUAUUUCGACCACUUUCUUCCGAGCCCUAGAUCUCCGCCCUCGACGAAUCCUAGUUGGCCGCGAUCGGGUCCGCGUAGCCGGUCGCCGGCAGCUUCUCGGAUCUGAAGUCUCGUGGCGGCCGCGGCGACUGAAUCUGGUCGCCGUGGAUUGGGUUUUGGUCUUCGUUUGUAAUGCGGCGCCUGGACGCCGAGGAGCGUGGCGGGAGCUGAAGUUGGCGCAUUUGCGUUCUCGAUAGGGUACGCAGUUGGAUCGAUCUUGAUUGGUACUGGUGGCGAAUCUUGCUGAGAGGAGUUCCUUUUCGAAGAUGGAUUUGUCUGAUAUUAGCGAGGAGUUGUCCCGUGCGGAGGGGCAGAUCAACGAUAUUUUUCGGGCAUUAUCAAAUGGAUUUCAGAAACUGGAUAAGAUCAGGGACUCCAACAGACGGAGUAGGCAAUUAGAGGAACUGACUGACAAGAUGAGGGAAUGCAAGAGGCUCAUCAAAGAGUUUGAAAGAGUCAUGAAGGAAGAGGAAAAUAGGAAUACCCAUGACACAAACAAGAUGCUGAAUGAGAGGAAACAAUCAAUGAUUAAAGAACUAAACUCAUAUGUUGCUCUGAAAAAGCAGCAUGCAAGUGAAAAUAAAAGGAUUGAUCUCUUUGAUGUUCCUGAUGGUGGUGAUGUGUUUGGUGAAGAAAACGUUUUGUUGGCAUCAUCUAUGACCAAUCAACAAUUGAUGGACCAUGGAAACCAUAUGAUGGAUGAAACUGAUCAGACUAUAGAAAGGACAAAGAAGGUUGUUGAACAAACUGUCAAUGUAGGAGCAGAAACAGCAGCUGCUCUGAAGGCUCAGACUGAGCAAAUGAAUAGAGUUGUGAAUGAUCUGGAUUCAAUCCACUUUUCAAUAAAGAAAGCUGGUAAACUUGUGAAAGAAAUCGGCAGACAGGUUGCAACUGAUCGGUGCAUAAUGGGGAUGCUUUUCCUUAUAGUGAUGGGAGUCAUUGCAGUUAUAAUUGUAAAGCUCGUGCAUCCAAAUAACAAAGACAUUCUGGAUAUUCCUGGACUUGCUCCUCCAGCUGCCAGGAAACUUCUUUAAUCUCAGCGGGAUUCUAUAUUUUUUCCAUAUGCAAUCUAAUCUAGUAUUUGUCAUCCAAUAUCUGUACUUUAAGGAUAAUUCAUACAUAUAAGUUUUAUUUUGCCAGCGCAGCAUUUUGUCUA